AUGUCUGAUGAGGGAGAAAUAAUAAUAGUAGAAGAAGAAGAAGUAUAUGAAGUGGUUGAAGAGGAGGAAGAAAUAUAUGACAGCUCCAGCUCAGAAUUAGUAGAAAUAAUCUCAGAAACUUCUCAUGUAGAUAUGAAAGUCGUUCUCUUCAGAAAUAUACUCACUAGGACUCGCAAUGUCACAAACAAUAUAUUGUCUGAUUCAAAUGAUUCAGGAGAAAUCAUUUUAGUUCUUCCAAGUAAUAUUUUACCUCUUGCCUUUAGAGAAUCCUACUUUUUCACAGACUGUAACAUCGCAAAUAUUAACAUUAAGCUUAAAGAUUACAGCUGGGACCAACAACCUGAAAUUUUAGUUCAAAAUUCAAAAUAUGGAUUUCAAUUUAUUGGAUAUCGAUUGAUGAUGGAAGUUAUAGAAAACUUCUUUAAGCCGAACUUCAAACCACGCGAAUUUUACAAGUCUGCCGCUUACGUAAUUAAACCUGUUAUAGAUUACACAAAAACAGAAGCAUUCAACAAAUUAACUAUGGAGAAAUAUGAUAGCUCCGUUGUGCAGUGCACAUUAGGCUUCUUUCAAGGCGAUUUUGACAAAGCAAGGAACGCAAUUAGAAUUGGCCAAUUUAGUAAGAAUGAUACAAAGUUCCAGAUGCCAUUUAAACUAGAAGAUUGUCCAUUGAUUUAUUUAAUCCUCGAAAUGUUGGAAAUUUACUUUGAUUUCCAAGAUCACUGCUGCAGAUGCCUGAAACCACUUAAUUUCGUUACCAUUCGUCCUACAACAUGCACAGAUUGCGAUGCCAAGCCAUUCCAGCCUGCAGAUUCCAACUUACUUUUCGAAAUCCAAAGAGAUCCAUACGCCGCUGACUUAUUGAUCAGUGCCUUCGCAAAUGGCUGCAAUUUCAUGGACCCACGACCACCACCACGUAUCUUUAACUACCUAUUUCCCAAUUACAAGUUCGAUGAAACGAGAUUUAACGCAGUUUUCAGGGAUUUGCUUGGUGUUAAUGAAAUGGCGACAAAAGCAUCAGAAGCAGACCUAUAUGAGUUCCUUGUUCUGCGUAAUAAUGAACCAAAUAAGCAAUUUUACGAAGAAUACAAACAUAUUCCAUACGAAAUCGUAAGAUGGAUCAUUUAUUCGAACAAGAACCAACUCAUAUCCUUACAAGGAAGCCUAAGCGUCUUCAAAGAUGUUGGAAGACAGUUUUUCAUUUUAUCCGCUGAUCAAGAAAAGGAAAGAUUGUUCAAUGAACAGAAGAAAGACAGUAUUUCCCUUUACUUAUUCCACGGAUGCCCAUUCGAUUGCGUUUUCUCCAUUCUUCACAACGGAUUAAAAGUUAUGAGUGGAACACAAAACGAAAGGAACGGCCAAGUGUACGGUAAAGGCAUUUACCUGGCUGCAAAGAGUCAACAGGCACAUGCUUAUAGCAAGGAAAUUAGGAAUAAGUUCAGAAGAAGUAAUAUGAGGAAAUUCAACGUUAUUUUCCUUUGCGAAGUAUUGACAUCUGGACUCAGAGAAACCGAUACUUGCUACGUAACUGAAAACGAGGCAGGAGUGAAGCUCAGAGUUCUGAUAAUUGGAAAUAUGAAUGAAUAUAAUACAAUGGAUAUGUCGAAAGAGAGUUCUACAAGAAUACACGUUCCUGAUUUCAAGGAAAUCUUGGAAUACCGUGCAACAAACGCUGUUAGAAAAAUAUUCAAAAAUGUAGUUGAUGCUGAUGUCGAUUAG